UGUGCCUAUCUGUCAAGGGUAUCUACCUGCCAGGAAGGAGCAGCAGCGGGUUAGCUAUGGAGAAUGAGGAUGGAUGCACCACUAUAAAAUUCUAUUCACAAACUCCAGCUUCUGCCUUCAGAUCUCCAGAGUGUCCAUCACCAUCUCCACAGUGGUGGCUCAUUGCAGUGAUUCUUGAGAUCCUCUGUUUGGUUUUGCUAAUAACUGCGAGGGUCUUUGAUGCCAACUCCUCUCAGCUGUCCUGCCUGGAAGCCAGAGAGUAUGACAACCUCACCCAGCAGAGGGAAAACCUGAAGAACCUCACCCAGCAGCUGGAGCAUCUCCAAGCACAGAACUUAAACCUUUCAGAGGCUGUCCAGCAGCUGGCAAGCUACCGAGGCUCCAAAUGCCGCCUUUGUCCAGAUAAAUGGUUACAGCACGGAGAGGAUUGCUUCCACUUUUCUAAUGAAUUUAAAAUUUGGCAAAAGAGUAAAGAUUAUUGCUCUUCACUAGCUUCCAAGCUGCUUCAGAUAGACAGCAAAGAAGAACUGGUAAAUAUUUCUUUCUUUUUUAAUACUGGCAAACAUAAUUCAACAAGAUAA